AUGGAGAAGACCAGAGAGGCCCAAAUAUUCAGGCAGAUCCUCAGCUUUUCUUUUUUUUUUCUUCUGCUUCCCUUUUCCUUCCCUUCUCCCUCUCUUUUCUUCUUCGUCCUUUUUAUGACUUUUUAUAUUUUUUAUUUUUCUGUGUUGUUUAUCAGAGUAGAGCCGACUGUCCAAUUGACUUUGCUGGAUCCCGUCUUGACUAUCUGGCUUGCAGCAAGCAACAAAGCUGGAGAAUCCCUGGCAAGCGAAUGCGAAGAGGGCUAA